UUUUUCCCCUGCGCAUAGAUGGUCACACUGAGCCCUUGCUGGUUUGUUUAUAGUUUCUUGUCCGCGAAUUUCACUUUAGCUAUAACUAACAAUAAUGGAGGUGGAAUUCAGUAGGGAGAACUUCCUGCUGCCGGAGAUGAAGUACGAGUACCUGGAUCACACGGCGGAUGUUCAAAUUCACGGAUGGGGAUCGUCGCUGAAAGAGGCGUUCGAACAGUGCGGAGUGGCCAUGUUCGGAUAUAUGACCGAACUGGAUUACGUGUCCGUGGAGCAGUGCUUUGAAAUCGAUGCGCAUGGAGAUGAUCUGGAGAGCUUACUCUUUCACUUUCUGGACGAGCUGCUGUUCCUGUUCUCCGCCGAACCGUAUCUGGUGUGCAAGAAGCUGGAGAUCACCAAGUUCGAUGUGGAAAACUUUGAGAUUUGCUGCCGUUGUUACGGGGAACCAUUUGAACUGGGGAAACAUCCGCAGGGCACCGAGGUGAAGGCAAUCACAUACUCGGCCAUGCAAAUCGUUCAGGACGCGGAGGCCAGCAACUACGAGGUGUUUGUGAUAAUUGACAUUUGAUCCAGCGGCGAUCGCCGGGAAUUAAAUGUGACUGUUCUGUUUCAACCCCUUUGCCUGUCUCCAUUAAUCAUAAGUGAAAUGCCAAAAAACGAUAUAAAAACCGCUGCACAAGCCCCGAAAAA